GUACUGACACAGAGGAGUCUAGGUGUAGCUCAGUUAUAAUAAAACGAUAUUGGCGAGGUGCGGCAUAAAAGAAGCACACGAACGGAGAAAAGGGAAACAUUUACAAGGGAAAAUAAACACAUAUUGGUGGUAAACAUUAUCACUCCCUCCUAUAUAAAACGCCAGAAGAGGGAAUCAAUUGAGAGGGAGUGAGAGGAAAAAGAGCACUGAAGGCAGCCCACUCAAUAGCCACUUAUUAGGCGAAUAGUCUACAUUCCAGUCGGAUUUGCGUACAUUAAUAAACCAUCAUAAGAAAUGUCUGCCCCAGCUGCUGCCGGCGCCCCCGCAGAUGGAGCGGCGCCCCCUCCCAACCUCACCAGCAACCGCCGCCUGCAACAGACACAGGCUCAGGUGGAUGAGGUGGUGGAUAUCAUGCGUGUAAACGUGGAUAAGGUUCUGGAGCGUGAUCAGAAGCUGUCAGAGCUGGAUGAUCGGGCCGAUGCUCUGCAGGCUGGAGCCUCACAGUUCGAGACCAGCGCUGCAAAACUCAAGAACAAGUAUUGGUGGAAGAAUGCCAAGAUGAUGAUUAUCCUGGGGCUGAUAUGUGCGAUUGUCCUCAUUGUCCUCAUCGUCUACUUCAGCACCUAAGAUAAGUGGCUCCUACCCCAGUCUGCAGUCAAGACUGCCCGCUUCCUUGCAACAGAAAAUCCUUUAAAUUGACGAGGAAAUUAUCCACUAACGUUGAAUUCAUUAAAUUGCUCCUAAAUAGUCUCAAUAUGACCCUGCCCUGAACGCCCUGACCCCCUCAGCCCCUGCUUCCACCGCCUCACCUCUGGACUCCUGUCAGUCUAUGUCCUGUAAAUCUGUGGACCUGCCUCCUUUGUAAAUAUGUCCUGCUUUUCUAAUCUGUCGUUCAUACUCAGACUCCAAUACUUGUUGUGAUUGCUACCGAUGACAACAACAGAAAAGGAAAAUGAUGACCCUGGUGAUAAUUGUUAUAUACCAGACAUAUAUAUAUAUAUAGUUCUUUGUAGAGUUUUAUUCUGAUAUAAUGUUUUUGUAGGUUGUGUGUGGGUGUGCGUUUUGUAUUUUUUAAUUUUUGUAUUAAUUUGACUUAUGCUUCAGAUUUGAACUACUGCCUAUUAAUCAGAGUGUAUAUCUUGCACAUUCUCUCUCACUGUCUCUGCCUGUCUCUGGAUUUCUCUCUCUUGCUCUGUCUCACAUAGAGUAUAGGUGCAUCUUUGCACAGUGACAUAGUCUCCUUUAACCGAGGUACUUCAUCAAUAUUCCCAUCCUCUUCUCCCAUCUUUUGCUUCUCCAUCACUUUCUCUCUUCUAUACCAUGUAGCCAUACUGUCUCUUCAGAAUCCUUUCACCCUUUCUCUUUGUUUUUGUUUCUGUUUCCCUGCCUGUUGUUUCCUAGUCAUAUACCUUCUCUUUUUAAACUACCAUUAGAAUUGGACCAAUGUCUGUAGAUGUUUUUUAUUUUACCUAGUGUCUUAUUUCGAGAACAUUCCUUGAUGGCAGUCUAGUACAAAUGCUGUCACUGUAGCACAUGUAUGUGUAAGUAUCUUUGAAAACAGAAAAUAGAUAGCCUGUAUAAAGUAACCGUAAAUAUUAUCGUAGAGAUCAAUAUGACAAGCCAGAGUGGGGAAAAUAAGAAUGUUGAUAGAAAGGAGGGCUGACUAGUUUUUGUUUGGUGGAUCAUAAUUUGAACCUGAUUCAUUUGUUCAUUUCAACAACAUAAAAUUGCAUAAAGUUGCUGUGACAAU